AACCUCUGAUUCUCCAGCUGUAUAAUUAUUAACCACCAGUCUUUCCUGAAGAUGGACUGAGUCAGUGUUCUGAGAAAUUAUUCUAAAUAUUUUUUGUUGUACACAAAAAGAUCUCAGAUUGUAUCACACUUGGCAAAUCAUUUAUAAAGACUACAAGACUACAUAUAUUUAUACAGCACAUUUAAAAACAACAGCAGUUGACUGAAGCUUUACAGAGAAAUUUAAAAUACAGUUAAAUAAUUAAAACAAUAAAUAAAUGAAUAACUAACACACCAAAGUAAUACAGUUUUGUGGGAGCUCUCAAAGUUAAUUGAUGAUCAGUGAUUGAUGGUGAAGAUGUGACUUCCACAGUCUGACAGCAGAGAUAGAACCGAAGGUGGAAAAGAGGAUGUAGAAAAUGGACCGACAUGUUCUGUGUUGGACUGGUAACCAGUGAAGAGAGACCAGUAGGUGAGCUGUAGCACCAGUGAGCAUAGACAGGAUCAACUGACUGACUCCCACAUACAGAGAGCUGAAGUAUGUCGGUAUGUAAAACUGUCUUAAUUCUCAAAAAGAAAGGAACUGUUUUAUUUUUGCUGUUGUGGAAAAAUCUGCUAAUGAGUUUAUUUGUCAGUAUUUAAUGCAAAUUAAUGUACCAGAAAUCUGAGUCUUACUUUCAUUUAGCUGAAGAAAGUUUCCAUCCAUUCAGUGCUUAACAUCCUCCAGACAACUUAAAGGAGACUGAAGACUGAGUUUUGCUUGGUUUCAAUGGGACGUAGAGCUGUGUGUCAUCAGCGUAGCGGAAGAGAUAACGGAUGUUGAAUGUCCUAAAAGCAGUGGAAGCUAAACACCGUGGAAGCUAAAAGCAGUGGAAGCUAAACACCGUGGAAGCUAAAAGCAGUGGAAGCUAAAAGCAGUGGAAGCUAAACACCGUGGAAGCUAAAAGCAGUGGAAGCUAAAAGCAGUGGAUAUGUUGAGAAUAAAAUAGGAGCUAGGAUGGAGCCUUGGGGAACUCCAUAGGAGACAAAUAGAACAGAAGAUACACAUCUUUGUUGUUGGUAUGAUUUAAAUACCCUGUGAGCACCGUUUGUGAUGGCCGACCAAACAGUACAGUUUGAGUAUCAAAGUUAUUUUAGAACGUGCAGAUUAUUGGAUGCCAUAAAAACAGCAUCCAUUUAAAUGUAUUUAUUACCAAGUUCACUCCAUAGAUACCUGAACACACCAAGUGUCACCAGUCGCUGCUCAUGGAGGAAUGUUGGGUCUCUGUAAAUUAAAGAGUUCAGUCUAUGUGGAAACAGCCCUGAGAUAACUUUUGUUGUGAUUUGGCGCCAUAUAAAUAAAACUGAAUUGAAUUGAAAAAAUAGAAACAUACGGUGUCUGCUCAGUUUAAUGAACUCAACAUUUGUCACAAGGUUUGAACGGUCUUCAGAUGGACUUCACCGUCAUCAGACUCUUUUACCAGAAGGUGUUUGAGGUCUGAAUCUGAACUAUCCAGGAGUUCUUGACAUUAAAAAGACUUGAUAUCCUGGAUCAGCCUUUUGGUUCCUAGAGGCUAAAGGUGUGGAUUAACACUGACAGAUGAACCACAUGGAGAUUACACCUGUCCACAGUGGGAUUACACCUCUCCACAGUGAGAUUACACCUGUCCACAGUGGGAUUAUACCUGUCCACAGUGAGAUUACACCUGUCCACAGUGGGACUACACCUCUCCACAGUGAGAUUACACCUGUCCACAGUGGGAUUAUACCUGUCCACAGUGGGACUACACCUGUCCACAGUGAGAUUACACCUCUCCACAGUGAGAUUAUACCUGUCCACAGUGGGAUUACACCUGUCCACAGUGGGAUUAUACAUGUCCACAGUGAGAUUACACCUCUCCACAGUGGGAUUACACCUGUCCACUGUGGGAUUAUACCUGUCCACAGUGGGAUUACACCUGUCCACUGUGGGAUUAUACCUGUCCACAGUGAAAUUACACCUGUCCACUGUGGGAUUAUACCUGUCCACAGUGAGAUUACACCUGUCCACUGUGGGAUUAUACCUGUCCACAGUGGGAUUACACCUGUCCACAGUGGGACUACACCUGUCCACAGUGAGAUUACACCUGUCCACUGUGGGAUUACACCUCUCCACAGUGGGAUUACACCUGUCCACUGUGGGAUUACACCUCUCCACAGUGGGAUUACACCUGUCCACAGUGGGAUUACACCUCUCCACAGUGGGAUUACACCUGUCCACUGUGGGAUUAUACCUGUCCACCGUCUCCUCACUUUGUGUAUGGAAAUUAACUCACUGAGCAUUCACACCUUCGCCUGUUUGAUCAAUAAACUGCUGGAAACUCGAGGAUUUUCUGACUCUGAGGUCUUUGUUGAACUUGACAGUCUGGCUCAAAGUGAACUAAAAGCCUUACCAGGAGGAACUGGGCUCAUCCCAGUGAUCCAGUCUGUUCCUGAUGGGAGAUGUGAUGGCAGGUGCUGCAUCGGGUUUUUCAGUUUUUAACCUGCCUUAAAAUUUCUGUCAGAGACAGCCGGGAAUGUACACUACGAGUCCAUCAGCUGUCUGUAACGUAACGCCAAAGACAAAGUGGAUGAAUGUCACCAUGUGUGGAUUUCAUGUUUUCUUUGGAUCCCCAUCAGCUGAUGCAGAACUACAGCUACUCUUCCUGGGGUCCAAAGAUGCUGUAAUCUGAUCAGUUUCAGAAAAUGGUUUUAUUUGACUUCUAGCUUAGGGCUGGGUAUUGAUUUAAAGUUUUCAACAAAAGUGCCAAUAAAAUGCUUGACUUUCA